AUCUCAAGGGGGCUGUAGUGGUCAUCGUCACUCUCUGAACUUCAUCAUGAUGCCCAAGGAUGCCAAGAAGAAGAAAGAUGCCCGAAAGUCAGCCAACAAAGACAAAGGCCCAGUAAAUAAGUCUGGUGGCAAGGCUAAAAAGAAGUGGCCCAAAGGCAGAGUUCGGGACAAGCUCAACAAUCUGGUCCUGUUUGACAGAGCUGCAUACGACAACCUCGGUAAGGAGGUUCCCAACUACAAGCUCAUCACUCCAGCUGUGGUCUCUGAGAGACUGAAGAUUCGCGGUUCUUUGCCCAGGGCAGCCCCUCAGGAGUUACUCAGUAAAGGACUUAUCAGUUGGUUUCAAAGCAGAGCCCAAGUAAUUUACACCAGAAACACAAAGGGUGGAGAUGCCCCAGCUGCUGGUGAAGAUGCAUGAGCAGGUUCAAUCAGCUGUACAUUUGGAAAAACAAAACUUUAUU